CCAAAGCUCAUUGAUUGAAUCAGUGAUCUGAAACUUAGAUGAUUGAUUAGCUGGUGAAGUUUGGAUCUUUGAUAGAGAGAAGUAGAAUCACAAAGGCAAGGAGAAGAAGAAGAUGUCGUUGGUGUGGCUAGAAGCAGCUCUGCCUCUGGGGAUCAUCGGAGGGAUGCUCUGCAUCAUGGGAAACUCUCAGUACUACAUCCACAAAGCUUAUCAUGGCCGUCCGAAGCACAUAGGCCACGAUGAAUGGGAUGUCGCCAUGGAGAGACGCGACAAGAAAGUCGUCGAGAAAGCCACAACUCCUUCCUCAUGAUCUGAUCCCUCAGGGGCGUAAGGUGAACAUUUGUGGGCACACAAAUAAAGUGUAUUCCAGAAGAAGAAGAAGAAGCUGAAGAGUCUCAUAUUGUUAUUCCCGUUUGAUUUCUUUUUUCCUGCUUUUAGAAUUCAGACCGUAAUGGCAUUUGGUUAUAACAUAUCUCUGUUUGUGAUAUAAUACAUGCUUUUAAGUUGUAUGAGACACUGAAACUUACACUCUUUGUUGUGUGAAUGAAUAAUUAUCUUGAAAAA